AUCACUUGGUUGAAUAUUGCAUAUAAAAUCAGAGUAUUAAAGGUCGAAGCAAUGUCGAAAUAUUAAAUUAGUAUUAAUUUUUAGAAUUAACUAUGAAGAAAUCAUAUCCUUAUGCAGACUAUAUGGGACUGAUUUUUUUAACGUUUUAGCCGGGUUAACUGCUAAUCUUUCAACAUGUUCCUAAUCUGGCAUGAUUAGAUCCAAUGAUCAGUGUACGAGAUUGAGCUUAAUUAUUGGUUCAUUUAACCAUUUUUUGACAUGUUAAUGAAUUUCUAGGGACAUUAUAUAUGUCUAUUUCUAAACACAAUACAAUAUAUAAGACUGGAAUGAGAAAAGUAUUUUCCAUUUUCAAAUUCCUACAACGAGAGGGAAAGUAUCAAUGGUAUAUUUGCCUUCACAAUUAUUAAACUUAUUUAUUUGUAGAAAAUAAACAAGUAUUGGAAUUUGAACCAAUGUAUCUUCCAAAAAAGACAAGAAUCAUAAGCCUGAUUGUCAACCCAAGUUUGACAUGGUUGGGCGAAUCAGUUUUGCCCAAACCCGAGUAUUUGUUAUGAUGUUGGAGGCCCAGUUGGUUAUCAACCCAAACUUGGUCAAACUAAGAAAACCAGUUGAAUUAAGAAAUCGAGUUGAUUCAACUAACUCAUCUAAGCACUGAAUCACUUCAAACGGACAUCAUUUUCAACAAAUCUAAUCACUAGCUUUGUUUACAUGUCGUCCUUUUCCUUAUCAAAGACCCAUGGAGCAACAUGCAUCAACCACCCGUGUUCGGUUAUCUCAUAAUAUCUUUUCCUCCUUUAGUAUGGGCAGGCAACAAUACAAGUCCAAAUCAUCUCAAAAGCCAAUACAGUUCCUCAGUAAUCAAUUCCAUUUCCUUCCAGCAGCAAGGUCACAUCGCCAAUCAACCACAUCUCAAACAAAGAAUAAGCCACAAGAUUAGACGAACAUAUAUUUGGAUUAAGACUUGGUGUGAUUAAUAAAAACCAAUGUCCUCAUUUGUAUAUAGACAUGAAAUCGAAUUGGAGAAGAAGAGUAAGAACAUUGAGAAUGAAAUAUGACAUGCAAUGAAAAGAAGAAAAGAAAAAACUAGAAAAAAGAAAUGGAAAAGGAUAAAAAGAAAGAGGGAAGAGAUUUAGAAAUAAAGCGUCAUUUUAAAGCAUAAGUUCCAAGUUAGAGAAAAAUAUAAAAAUGAAACUUAAUUCCAACGAAUAAGUUAUAUUAAAUCAUCAUUAUAUCUAAAUUUAUCAUAGAAAUUUCAUAAAUAUCUAAGCAUAAUACCUGUGAAUCAAUAAAAUUUGCAUGCACCUGGGUAAAGUUAGGCUUAACCAGGUUAAUCCAAUUCAUCCAUUAAUCCUUAACUCACUUGCUUAAACGACUCAUUGGUGGAAUCGAGUGACAACCUUGGUCAUAACAAAUUAGACUGAACAAAUUUAUUGUAUAUUUUUAAUGGUUUAUAGGUAUAAUAUACUCCUCUAUUAUUCACUAAUGCAUGCAAUUUCAGUUUCCAAACAAAUUUUACUCAAAUACUUUUAUAUAACAAUGAAUGACUACCUAAAUUUUGCUUAGUUUUCAAUGAUAGAUGAGAUGCAAUUAAUUGAUGUAUGAGCUCAAAUAUACCUUUGAUAGACCGUUAAUUACACAUGUUUUUACCCCUGUUCUUACACCGUUUGAGAUGUGGUUUCUCGUGUUUUAGACCGAUUUCACGCUAGGUUGUGCUUGUUUGUGAUAUUUCAGGUCCUGGCAUGUGAAUGAAGGUUUAGGAGCGAGCUCGGGGUCGAUUGGGCGAAGAUCGGGCGCGAGGCAAGUCACAAAGGAGGCCACACAGGCACACCCACAAAUCACACGGCCGUGCAACUCAUAUUUCUGGCCGUGUGAGAUUGUGCGAGAGCAAACACGGCCUGCCCUGACAACACACACGGCCAUGUGAAGGAGUGGCUUGGCCGUGCGAGUUUUGCCGAGAGCAAACACGGGCAGAUGGAAGUCACACACGGCCGUGCCACUCUGGCCGUGUGAGAAGCCUGGAAUUUGACUAAGUGAUACGGUGCGUUUUGCCUCACACGGGCAACUGGGUAGGCCACACGGCCGUGUGGCCCUGCCCGUGUGAGUCGGGAUUUCCUGGUUUUAAGCCAAAUUCCGAACCAAAGAGGAGGAGAGCUGGGUUUUUGGAUCCCAAACACCCAAGGGACGAACCAAAGAGAGAGAGGGCAAUUUGAGGGCAUUCUUGGAGUAGAGAAGGAGGAUUUCUUCGCCUUGGAAGCUUGAGGAACAAGCCCGGACUUGAAGACUGAUCAUCUGAAGAUUCUUACUGCAGUCUCUCUCUUCUCUAUGGAGUAACUUCCCUUCACUUAGGUUUUGAGGAACCCUAGCUAUGUUUGUUUGAUUGGAUGAUUGUAUGAGUACUCUGACUUGAUAAUCUUGAGUUCAUAUUCAAUCUAUGCAUGUUUUCAUUAUUCAAUUCUGCUUUAGUCGAGAUUAUUGAUUCUGAUUUGAUCCUAUGAGAGGGAAUACCUGAUUAGGUCAAUAGAGCACCAUAGAUUUGAGUAGUGGAUCGAUUGCUUUAGUCAAGGGUUGAUUCACUGCUUUGUAUCGAUUGAGAACCUCUUUCGAUAGAGGGAGUCUAGUUCAGAACGCCUUGAUAAGUUGUUCUAGAGAAGGAUACGUCCCUCUAGGCAAUUGACUCAAGAGGGCCUUGUUCCUUUAGUCGAGACUCAAGGUCUAGUCAAGGAUUCUCCGCAUUGUGAAUGAAAGUGAAACAGGUUAGAGAUCAUCAAUCAUUAAUCUGGCUAGUGGCUAGGGGGAAUCAUACCUAAGUGAGUUCCCAACCUGUAAUUAGAUUAACUUUAACUGUAGUUUGCUAGAGUAGUUUUAGUUCUUUCAUCUUAAUCUGAUUUGCUAAAUAAUAAACUGAAGCUGAGUAAUAGUAACUCUAGAGACCCGUGGAUUCGAUAUUUAUCACUUGAGCCACUAUACUGCAGUCCCUUUCAUUGGUUACACUUGGCCUUUGUUAGGUGUUGUGUUUUAGAGCAUCAAGUUUUUGGCUCCGUUGCCGGGGAGUUUCUAGAGUAUUAGGAAAGGCAGAAGUUUGUUACUUUAGCGUUUUUCUUUUCUUUUCCACCCUUGCUUUUCACUUGGGUGUUUUUGUUGGUGCAGAUCUGAAUCAUGGAUCCUAAUGGCUUCUCCAAUCAUUGGGGGUAUCCACCACCACCUGAGUGGUAUUACCCCGAGACUCCCUGGAGCAAUCAAGGAAGAGAAGACUAUGGAUUCGGGUUCCAGUACCAACCCCCUUACUACGGAGAACAACCGGAUCCCUGGGCAUAUCAAGAACAACCUCAUUACCAAGAAGAAUUUUUCCCACAACCAGAGGGGCCAUUGGAGCUGGAGUUACCCAUGGCGGCCUUCACGGGCAAUUCUGCAGAGCCAUACUACACUCCACAGCCAGAUCCACACUAUGAAUUGAGACUUCUCAUGGAGCAGUUUGCUCGAGACUGUGAUAGAACAUGCUCCAGGAUGGAUCAUUGUGUCCAGGCCUAUCGUGAAACAGAGGAGAUCCUCCUGAGCCUUAAGAAGAGCGUCGAUGAUCUUGAGCGAUCUUGGGCACAGCCUGCUCCAGAUCACCCUUCUGCUACCAUACAAGAAGAGGAGGAGGAAGAAGAAGGCUACAAGGACAUUGUGGAGCACACUGAAGUUGUCACGGAGAGCUCCCGUGAUGAUCAUGAUCAGGAGUGUCCUGUCGUAGCCGACCACACCUUCCCACACCCCAAACUGCGCUUUAAAGAGGCGGGCAUGAGUGAGGAGUUGCAAGAAGAUCUCAUGAAAGAAAUUGCUUGGCAACUUGCUCUCCAAUCCGUGCUAGAAGAAGAAGAGCAACAAAGGGUGCAGAAAGAAGUUGUGGAGGAUGACGAAAGUGAAGCAGGAGGAGUUCUUGAUCAUUUCCCAGGGGUGAUACAACAUGAAGAAGAAAGGGGGGUUGAAGAAGCAAUUGGCGUCCAGGCUGAGGACGGAGUUAAGGUGGAAGAGGCCUGCACCGGCCAUGAGUUACAUGUGAUAUCUCCACCAAACUUUGAGGAACUGCUUAGCAAGGACCCAUUUGCAGUGUCUCUUUGCCAGACCAAGGCCACCUCGACAUCGGUCCCUCUUGGUGGACGCGAUGGUGGCCAAUCGAUGCUGUCAUAUCUGGUUUGGGGCAAUGAGACGAGAGAAGAGAAGGAGAGGUCUCGAGGGUGGAGACUUCAUCUGCAUCAAGUACAUGAGCCUUCAUCACCUGCCACACCACAUGCUCGUGACUUGAGACUCCACCUCAUCGACGAGAACCUCAACUUCAAGGAGGUUCUAGCAUGGACCGAAACUUAGGAGCCAUCGUCCGGCUCACGACGUGAAAGAAGCGCUUGUUGGGAGGCAACCCAACCAGUCGGUUUGCAUUUCUGUCUCUAUUUCUCCUCGGUUGAGUCAGUUUUGCUAUUUGAUUUUAGAGUCAAUAACUCAACCUUUGUGAG